AUCCCGGUGAGGGACCCCCCGGUUUGUCCCGAGGAGCUGCAGAGCCGCCGGCCCCGGUUUGAGGAGCGACAGCGCCGGUAGCAGCAGGUUGCCCCCAUGGCGUCGUUCCGCAUCCGGCAGUACCAGGACCAGGACUACGAGGCCGUGCGGGCUCUGUUCGCCCGCGGCAUCCUGGAGCACGCUCCGGCCGGCUUCCGGCACAUUCUGCGGGCGGCUCGGGUGCGCCUGGCGCUGCUGGCCGUGUUCGUGGCCGCUCGGGCGGCCGCCGGCUCCUGGGUGCUGGGGCUGGGCACGGUGGCGCUGGCACUGGUGCUGCUCUGGGUGCUGGUGCGCUCGCUCAGCACCGAGUACGUGCGCGACGCGCUGGGCACCGACCUGUGCGACGUGGCCGGCUCGUACCUGCGGGCACCCGACCGCUGCUUCUGGGUGGCCGAGGAGGGCGGCACCGUGGUGGGCAUGGUGGCGGCGGUGCCCGCGGGCCGCGGCGAGCUGGAGCUGAAGAGGAUGUCGGUGAGCCGGGAGCACCGGGGCCGUGGGUUGGCACGGGCGCUGUGCCGGGAGGUGCUGGCUUUUGCCCGCGCCCGUGGUUUUGGCACCGUGGUGCUCAGCACCUCCAUGGUGCAGGUGGUGGCGCAGCGGCUCUACGAGGGGCAGGGAUUCCGGAAGGUGGGCAGCUCGUACCCCUCGCUGCUGGGCACUUUGCUGAACUUCCAGAUCUUUCACUACCGCUGUGAUUUGGGGGAUGGCACCAAGUAGGGCCCGAGCGGCGCCCAGGGGGCCUGGGAUGGCUGGCACCCCAAACCUGGCACACCAGCCCCAGCGCGGCACCGUGACCCCGGGACAUGAGGCACUGCCAUGGCACGCCUGGCGCUGCCGUGGCACCCGAACCCUGGCACACACGGCACUGUCAUGGCACCCCAAACCCGGCCCCAGGACACGAGGCAUCACCCCAGCACUCCCCUGGCACAGCAGCACCGACACAGCACCGCCACGAUCCCAGGACACGAAGCACCACCACGGCCCCACAGCCUGGCAUGUGUGGCACUGCCAUGGCACCGCCAGCCCAGGACAUGUGGCACUGCCUUGGCACCCCAACUCCGGGACUCCACCACAGCACUCCAACCCUGGCACCGCCACGGCACCCCUUCCUGGAUUUCCAGCAGCAGGAAAUAAAGAGAGACCUGUGGGAA